GAGUGGUUGGCUGCGUGAAGGGGGCGGGUCCUCGCCGCGCGCAGUGCUCGGGCCGGAGCUCGAGGCGCUGCUUACCGUCGCCAGAGCUGGGAGACGCCGCGGCCGCCGCUCGGUCGCCUCGGGCUUCGCGUCGCGCCGUGUCUGCCUCCUCUGCCCCACCCGAUCGGCAGCAUAGGCUCUACCUGGCCCGCGGCCUCGCUGUCCGCGGCGGGGCAGGCGUUUUUGCUGCGGUGAACCCCUGCCCUGCCCUCCGGUAGCUGGCUGCUGGCUGCUGGCUCCUGGCCCUGAGUUCUUGGUGAAGCUGGAAAGGGGAUGAGAAUAGGAUGGACAGUGUCUCCUCCGGGAGCAGGUGGGCUGGCAGGACAGGCGUCCCCAGGCCGGGAGAAGGAGGCGCUCCCAGGUAGGUGAGCUCCAGCCAAGCCAGCCUUGCCAGAGACCUCCAGUUUUGGUGCGUGGUGCUCUGAGCCACAGUGCGCUUCAGCAUUUGGAUCUAUGGACCUGCUUUGAACCAUAGAGCCUGCCUAUGGGGGAAGGUGACGCCAUCUGGGCCCCAUCCAUCCUUCCUCACGGCACCCUCAGCACCUUAAGCCACCACCCUGAGCUACAUUUUGGAGGGAAGAUGGAAUCCAAAGUCUCGGAAGGUGGCCUGAACGUAACCCUGACCAUCCGCCUACUGAUGCAUGGAAAGGAAGUUGGAAGCAUCAUUGGGAAGAAAGGAGAAACGGUGAAGAAGAUGCGUGAAGAGAGUGGCGCCAGGAUCAACAUCUCAGAGGGAAACUGCCCAGAGAGAAUCGUCACCAUCACCGGCCCAACUGAUGCCAUCUUCAAGGCCUUUGCCAUGAUCGCAUACAAGUUUGAGGAGGACAUCAUUAAUUCCAUGAGCAACAGCCCUGCCACCAGCAAGCCCCCAGUGACACUGCGACUAGUGGUCCCUGCCAGCCAAUGUGGGUCUCUGAUCGGGAAAGGCGGCUCCAAGAUCAAGGAAAUCCGGGAGUCCACAGGUGCUCAGGUCCAGGUGGCAGGUGACAUGCUGCCCAACUCCACAGAGCGGGCAGUGACUAUCUCAGGGACCCCAGAUGCCAUCAUCCAGUGUGUGAAGCAGAUCUGUGUGGUCAUGCUGGAGUCCCCACCGAAAGGUGCCACCAUCCCCUACCGCCCAAAGCCCGCCUCCACCCCUGUCAUUUUUGCAGGUGGUCAGGUAAGAGCCGACCCGCUCGCGGCCUCCACUGCCAACCUCAGCCUUUUACUGCAGCACCCGCCGCUGCCCGCCUACACCAUCCAGGGACAGUACGCCAUCCCCCACCCAGAUCAGUUGACCAAGCUCCACCAGUUGGCCAUGCAGCAAACCCCCUUUCCUCCCCUCGGACAGACCAACCCCGCUUUCCCCGGAGAAAAGCUGCCUUUACACUCCUCCGAAGAAGCUCAAAAUCUGAUGGGCCAGUCGUCAGGUCUGGAUGCCAGCCCCCCGGCCAGCACUCAUGAGCUCACCAUUCCCAAUGAUCUUAUAGGCUGCAUAAUUGGACGCCAAGGCACCAAAAUCAAUGAAAUCCGACAGAUGUCAGGAGCUCAGAUCAAAAUUGCCAACGCCACCGAAGGCUCCUCAGAGCGCCAGAUCACCAUCACAGGGACCCCAGCCAAUAUCAGCCUUGCCCAGUAUCUCAUCAAUGCUAGGCUGACAUCUGAGGUCACCGGGAUGGGUGCACUCUAACCUACCCAAGAUCCUCCGUUCCACACUUCGGAUGGCCCCAGCCCGCAGCCUCACCAGCUGGCACACUGUUCAGACUGCCUGUCCUUCCUUGCAGAUAUGAAUAGAGCGUUUUCUUUACAAACAGAUGAUAGUGCGUGUCUGCCCACUCAGGCCCUGUACGCUCCGUGUUAGUGUAGCCUCCACGCGUCGGCAUGCAGCUCUUUACUUUAAUGCUCAACGUGUUCCCAAAUGUGACGUUUCAGAGAUUUAUUCCUCAGUAUCCAUGUGACUAUCUGUUUAAAAGUUGGUUUGAUGCUUUAACAGCCCUCCCCAUGUCCUGCCGUCCCCUGUUCUCCGAGACCCUCCUCUCUCGUGCGGUCUGCUGGCUCAUUUCCACCCUAGGUUGUACGCAGGGAUCAGAGGUACUUUUCUUGCGAACUGCAGGGAGUUUCUGGAAGAGGAGGGACUGGAGGGGGGGUCUAAGGAGCGGGGUGGAGUGCCAGAGGGUGGGGUGGGACCCUGGCUUCACUGAGAUAUCUCGGGGAGGGGGCACUUGUGGCCCCCAGGUGUCUUCCAAAAUGGCUAAGAACAAGGACUCGCCAGAAAGUUGAUCUGCACCCAUCAGAGUUUAAUAAAUGUCGUGUUCCUUCCCCCAUG